AUGAGUGCGUGGACGGAGGAAGUGAUGUCCUGGCGGGAGGAGCGGCUCGGCCUCACCGAACUGAGGGAGCCAAGUACAAAUAGGAGAAAACAACGCAGUGCGCCUUACAGACUACAUCGGCCGCAUUUACCGGUGCCUCACGUGCCCGAACUCCCCGAGCCACAGGGAACACACAUCUCAAGAUUAUAUCCGGAAUUGUUAGCGCUGAUAUUCGAGAGACUGCCGGUAAGAGAUAGAGGCCGUGCGGCUCAAGUUUGCCGCUCUUGGCGGGAUGCAGCUGAUCGGCGAUCCGUGUGGCGCGGAGUCGAAGCCGCUCUACAUCUUAGAAGACCCGCGCCGGUACUUUUCGCAUCGCUAGCGAGGAGAGGAGUAAGGAAGCUACAAGUUUUGUCACUCCGGAGAGGUCUAAGGGACGCAGUCGCUGCUCUACCGGGGCUCGAGUCAUUAUCUUUAAGCGGUUGCUAUAGCGUAACGGAUGCGGCUCUAGCAAGCGCAUUUGCCGCAGAAUUACCAGCCUUAAAGAGAUUAGAUCUAUCAUUAUGCAAACAAGUGACCGACUCGUCGCUAGGUCGAAUAGCGCAAUCGCUUAAAAACUUGGAAGAGUUGGAGCUUGGCGGCUGUUGCAACAUCACAGACACCGGGCUGUUACUUAUAGCUUGGGGACUCAAGAAACUGCGACGUUUAAACUUGAGAUCUUGUUGGCACGUGAACGAUGCAGGCAUAGCUCAUCUUUGCGGUGGUGGUGAAGCGAGAGGAACUCCAGAACUGGAGCACUUGGGACUACAAGACUGCCAAAGGUUAACGGAUGACGCGUUGAAACACGCAGCUACAGGUCUUCCUAAAUUAAAAUCCAUAAAUCUUUCAUUCUGCGUGGCUGUGACGGACGCCGGACUGAGACAUCUAGCGCGACUUCCUCAUUUAGAGGAUAUCAAUCUAAGAGCUUGCGAUGGAGUAUCGGACACGGGAGUGGCACACCUAGCAGAGAGCGGUAGACUUAGAGCCUUGGACGUGUCGUUUUGCGACAAGGUGGGCGAUGAAGCUCUAUCCCACGCAACGCUAGGCCUGUCCGGCCUACGCUCGCUGUCUCUCAGCGCUUGCCGCCUGACGGACGAAGGCCUGGAGCGGGUCGCCAGGUUAUCACAGCUAGAAACGCUAAAUAUUGGACAGUGCAUUAUGGUCACAGACAGAGGCCUCCGCGCCUUAGGCGAUGGCCUCCGUAAUCUAAAAGCUAUAGACUUGUACGGCUGCACGUGUAUUACUCCACAAGGUUUGGAUCACAUCGUGAAGUUGCCGCGACUUAGUGUACUUAACCUCGGACUGUGGCAUGUGCGGUGA